AGUCGGACCAUGUUAGGAUUGAACAUUAACAGACACAGUAUGGUUGGUGGCUUUUUGUGUUAGUUACCACUACAAGACUGAAAGUUAAUUAUAUUACCAUAAUAGAGGGAACAAAGAAAACAAUCAGGGACCAAGAUGCGUUUUUUAAGAUAUUCAGUAGUAACUAGACAGUACCUCAUGAAAUGUGUUUCAAUAUUAUAUAUACUUUUUUUCAUAGAAUUCCUUUUCUUAAACAUCGCCUGUAUUUACCUCAUGUGGCAAUUCAGAGAAUUGCUGACUGAUGUAAAAUUGAUAUUAAGCAACCCGUACAGUCUCGAUACAAUGACCAACGUUCUCUCCAAGUACAAGUUCUUUAGAGAAGCUGUCCAUAGUGGAAAAAAUGGAGGAUUUAAACAUUUAAUGGACUAUACUCUAUCGAGAUUGUACGUAGAGAACGAUCGGCCGUGUGACUGGGGUUGCAACAAUACAACCAAUCAACAAACUUCUGCAGCAGAUCCUGGCAGCCACUGGAUUAACACACUCCGUUUGGAUGUUUCAAGUUCAGUAGAAGCAACCUUUGUAAUGAAACAAAUGCAAAAAUACAGACACCAACCGUGGCAGAAGCUGGUGGUUGACAUCGGGGCCAAUGACGGACUCAUGUCAAGUAACUCUUUCAACUUCAUUCAGCGCGGAUGGAGCGCUAUUCUUGUGGAACCGCAGAAGGGGCAACUGGAGAUGGCCAAGAAGAACCUUUACGGAUUUACAAAUCAAAGUCCAGGUCAGAAAGUCACAUUUGUUGAGGGGGUUAUCAGUGAUCAUGAUGGAACGGAGACGAUGUUAUUGUCGCCAGAUGUGGUUUCCAUGGAAACGAGGGUUAUUCCAAAUUCAGGAGAUAGUGUCCUUACAAUCACAGUCAACAGUUAUUCUGUUCAGACUUUUGCAAAAAAAUAUGAUGUUCCGAAAUAUUUUGGAAUUCUCUCAAUAGAUGCUGAAGGGUUGGAUGUAAAGAUAUUAAAACAGUGGAUGGACCUUGACUUUCGUCCGAUGUACAUCAUAGUGGAGUUUCUUCAUCAGCCAAAUCAGGACACUGGGCGGGAAAGUCUUGAAAAACUAGGGUACCAUCGUAUAGGACGUAUUGGCUUCAAUCACAUUUAUGAAUAUGACAUCACCCUUAUAGUUUCCUAGUGAUGACACGUAAACCCUAGUAUUAAAAAAUCACCUACAUACCCAAGUGUUCAACAAUUGUGCUUAGUGUUUCCUAGUGCUAUCUAGUGAUUCCUAAUGAUAUCAUGUGUGCACACUAGGUUAAAAAACAGACUCUUAGUGUUUUAGUGAUUUUAAGUGUGGCUUAGUAUUCUGCCCACUUGUAUAUAGUAAGGUCAUUGUCUUUUUGGUUUUUGACUGGAUUAUAUUGUGCUACUUUUGCUCUACUAGAGUGUACAUCUUUAACUAGUCUAUAUAAUAGUCUUUAUCUACUCUAGUGUAAUUGCUUUUAAAAUAUUUGACAAUUGAUACACUGCAUAAAUAUCAAAAUAACUUCUGUCAAAAAUAGAUUUUUGUUAUAUAAUCUUGCCAUAACAAGUAUUUUCGUUGUUAAAUCUUUAGAGUCUAUCAUUAAGAUUUAGCUGUUUAACUUAUAAGGAAUAUCUUUACCAAAAGAUACUGCUGCUGAUAGGAUUUUUAAACAAAAUGUUUACUUGUCCAUAUUGUGAGUGUAUACUUGGCUGACAAAACACAUGCUUAUACAAAGGGCAAUAUAUAAAUAUUUAAUUUCAACAAUGCAAUAUUUACACUUUUUGAUCAAGCACUUGCUAUGCUCCCCUAAAAAAAUUUGGGGAAGCAUAUAGUCGCCGCUUCGUCUGUCCGUGCAUGUGUCCGUCUGUCCGUGCACAAUUUUUGUCCGGGCUAUUUCUCAGCAAUUAAUGACCGGAAUUCAAUUAAACUUUAUGGGAAGCUUCACUACCAAAAGGAGAUGUGCAUAUUAUCAGGCGGUUCUGGUCGUAUGAUUUUUCACAGAGUUAUGGCCCUUUGAAAUUUCCAUUAACUGCACAUAUACAUGUAGUGCAAUUCUUGUCCGGGCUAUUUCUCAGCAACUAAUGACCGGAAUUCAAUGAAACUUUAUGGGAAGCUUCACUACUAAGAGGACAUGAGCAUAUUAUCAGCGGGUUCUCGUCAGAUGAUUUUUCACAGAGAUAGGACCCUUCGAAAUUUUCCAUUAAUUGUACAUAUAGUGCAAUUCUUGUUCGGGAUAUUUCUCAGCAACUAAUGACCAGAAUUCAAUGAAGCUUCACUACCAAAAGGAGAUGUGCAUAUUAUCAGCCAGUUAUGGUCCGAUGAUUUUUCACAGAGUUAUGGCCCUUUGAAAUUUUCUAUAAAUUGUACAUAUAGUGCAAUUCUUGUCUGGGCUAUUUCUCCCCAACUACUGACUGGAAUUCAAAGAAGCUUUAUGGGAAGCUUAACUACCUUGAGGAGAUGCGCAUGUUAUUUGUGGGUUCUGGUUAGAUGAUUUAAUUAGAGAGUUAUGGCCCUUUGAAAUUUUUAAGUUGCUAAACCAUCCAUCGUAUUAUUUUGUCCAAAGUUAUGCCCCUCAAGAUGUUUCCUUUUAUCUGAAUAUAUAGUGCAAUAUUGUGACAAAAAAAAACUUUCAGGAGCAUCACCGUCUCCGACGGUUUCUUGUUUACUCAUUAUUUCAGAAAAUGUACAUUUAACUAUCAAAGCAAAUGAAUAGUUGAGUGUGCUGUCUUGGGACUGCUCUUGCCAUUUGAACAAAGAAGGGUAAUAGAAGGGUUGUGGUUUAUUAGAAGUUUAUGUUUAAUUUUGUUCUUUUACGUUAUCAUUAUACUCAGUGUUUAUAAUCACAGCUUUUGAUAUUUUGUUAUUUGUCUCUUUUAUUUUGUUUAGUACCUAUUUAUGCUUUUAUUAUGCCUUAAGUGCAAGUCUUGGUAUAUUUAUACUUUUGUGUAAAAUGAUGAUUUACAAAUCUGAACCACAAUGUCUGAUAUUAAUAAGUCUGUUGCUCAGUUGACCAAACCCUUUGUGGGAGACGUUAGAUUCCUGUAGGUUGUGCAUGACUAUAAUGGUUACAAUUCACAGGUCUACGGUCAAGUUUAUACUUUCUAAACAAACGUGUUAACAAUUUUAUAAAUACGUAAUAAUAGAACAGUGUCUGUUCAAUAUCUUUUUUGAGACACAUAAGUUCAACCUUGACACGUGAGUUCAAAAGGGACUCGUAAGUUCAUACAAGAAAAACAAAUAUGAAUGUAAAUUGUUAAACAUUAAUAAAAGAUUUAAUGUAAACGGAAUGUAUAAAUACUGCUUAACAUUUAUUACUGUGUACAUGGGUGUAUAUGAGUAUAGGCAGUUUUUUUAACACACAUAUGAUGUGACAAUUAAAUUGGGUAAUACUUGUGUAUGAUGCUGUAAUUCAUUUCCAAACGUUUUGUACCAAGAUUACUAUGUAAGAUGUCUGUUAGAUUUACAUUUUGACAGCUAUAUACAACAAAACACAAAAUAAAUAUUUCAAAAGGGUUGUGUGUUGGUCACAGAUUGAAAUUUCUAUGCAUACCUUUGUUGGGAUUGCAUUCUAGGCCAGUGGGAUAAAGGUCACUGUUACUAAAUUUGAAAAAAAAACACACUUCCCACACAAUCACUUGUGUUUGAGAGGGGGUAAUUUGCUGUAACUUUCUUUGAAGGUAGCUUUGAUGCAGAGCUAUGUUGAGAUUGAGUUUUGAGGCAGUUACUAAAAGUAUAUAAAUUGUUUACGCUCAAUAACUUUUUUCAAGAGGGAAGAAUUGUACUGUAAUUGUCUUAAUAGGUAGCUUACAUGCAAACCUUUGCAUUGAAAGUUCAUAAAGUUCGGCAAAAUGAAAGGUAAACAAUUUAUUAUCUUAUUUCUGUGCAUGAUAACAAUUAUUGCUUUAAUAUAUGCAUUUUUAUCUUUGUGUUUACAUCUACAAUGUAACUUAAUGUGUUCAAUUCCUGAUGUGUCUUUGUGGUCAUUAUAUUUGGCUACUUACAUAUAACAUACUUUACAUUUUCAGUAUCACAAUGGAAAACUAGUUAAGUGAGCAGUUUCUUGUAAUAACAUUGUAUUAUUAUUAUUAUUAUUAUUAUUACUUGUAUAUUUUCAUUAUAGCCUUUUGGGUUUAUUUUGGGACGACCUAUGAUAGUACAUGUAAUUUAAUGGUAAGAAAUAAAAGGGAACAUGUGAUGUUUGCAUGCAAAACUGCUUGAUUUUAUAAGAAUAUUACCGUAAUUACAAAAUAAGUUGUAAUAAGGGCUGUUGCACCAGAUCCAUAUAUUGAGGAUAUUUUAAUCGUAUCACCAGUGCCUCUGGAUAUUGGGAUGUUGUUUUCAUGUACAUUCCAGAUUUUUGUGUUUAUAAUACGCACAUGAUUUGGAAAGAAAAAAAGGAUUCAUAGCCACAGAUAUUGUAUAAUUUUUAUUAUCAUCUUUUUGGUGAAAUUAUGAUAUUGAAUAACAAAAUAACAUAACAAACUAUUGGAUGUUGUACGUUAAUACAAACAUAUUAUAUAGGACAUAUUACUUCGGAUUUGUAAGUAUGCCAAAAUUUGUUGUUAUUCAAAUGUGAUAUUUUGUUGUGCUCUAUUAUUUUUUUUCAAAAGUAGUGUGAUUACCUUUAUUUUAUAUUCUUGUUUCAUUAUGAGAACAUAAAGAGAAGAACAUUUAAGAACUUACAAAAUUCUUUUAUUUAUAAUUUUAUAAACAUCAAAUAUGUGGCUGAAAUUAGUAAGAAUUUAAUAUGUUUGAUUGAAAUUAUAAAAAUUCAAUUUCUUUACAAUUUGUAUUUCAUUCAAUCUAUAUAUACAUACAUGUACAUAUAUAUGUGAUCUUACAAAGUAUUGAAAGUUUUCCAGUUUAAAUUUCUAUGUGUGAUAAUAUUUACAUAUAAUUUAGUAGAAUUGAGUAGUUUUAGUCAAAACUUGCAUGUUGCAUAAUUGCAAAUAAAUUAAAAAGGCCCGUGACCCUAUGUUUUUAUUAUCACAUAGUAUUUGUUAGUAUUAACUGCAGACAAACUUUGCAAAAUAUUUAUUUAUUGUGAAAUACAGUCCCAAAAACUGCUGCAACACCCCUUAAAGCUGUUAUUAGUUCUGUUAUUAGUUAUCAAUAUUAUCAUAUUAAUUGUUUUGUUAAUCACGCAAGCUUAUGAGUUAAGUGCCAUGAAUGGAAUAAAAAAAUGAAGUUCAGCUAAUUGUUGGCAUGUUCUGUAUGAUUGUACCAUAUGUGUCGUGUUCUGAGAAAACUGGGCUUAAUGCAUGUGCGUAAAGUGUCGUCCCAGAUUAGCCUGUGCAGUCUGCUAAGGCUAAUCAGGGAAGACACUUUCCGCUUUUAUGGUAUUUUUAGUUCCAAGGAAGUCCCUCCUUACCGAAAAUCAAGUUUAGGCAGAAAGUGGCAUCCCGGACUGCACAGGCUAAUCUGGGAUGACACUUUACGCACAUGCAUUAAGCCCAGUUUUCUCAGAACAAGGCUCAAAUAAAUUGAAACAAGUGAGAAAGCGGGAAAAUGUUUUCAUAGGUAACUUGACAUUUGGAGAAAAUUGCAUGAUUUACAAAAAUGGCCACCGUACUGUUCCUGGUUAUGUCUGUAAUAUUUUGAAUAUUUAUUUCACAUUUGAAGAUCUUUAGUACAAAUUGUGUGUCACAGAAAGGCAAUUCUCAUAUUCUGUUUAUAACUCUGUUAUUGUACAGAUUUAUUCCCCAUAGAUACUAAGAAAACUUGAAA